AUUUUAUUAUUUGUUAACGCUACCACGGUUGUUCUACACGCGUUCAACUGUUAGCGCAUUAUUCGGUGGUCUAAGGAGUUUGUUGUGUGGGGUCCAUUUCGAGGUAUUAGUCGGGUGUGUUACCAGAAAACUGACCAGAGAGCUGCACACAUCGUCCCCUUGGUUUGAUUCAUGGUCUAACUUUUCUCAGGACGUCUGAGGAGCGGGUGAAAGAUGACGCAGUUUUUGCCUCCGAACUUGCUGGCCCUUUUUGCGCCGCGAGACCCUAUACCUUUCUUGCCUCAGCUAGAGAAACUUCCCCAUGAGAAACAUCACAACCAACCUUACAGUGGCAUUGCACCUUUUAUCAGGCACUUCGAAGACCCUAGAGAUGCUCCUCCACCAACAAGGGCGGAGACCCGAGAGGAGCGACUAGAGAGGAAGAGGCGAGAGAAGAUUGAGAGGAGGCAAGCAGUGGUGGAGACGGAAAUGAAGCUUUGGGACCCUCACAAUGACCCUAAUGCGCAAGGAGAUGCCUUCAAAACAUUGUUUGUUGCCCGAGUUAACUAUGAUACUACAGAGUCCAAACUUCGUCGUGAGUUUGAAGUUUACGGCCCCAUAAAACGGAUCUACAUAGUGUACAACAAGAGGACAGGGAAGCCCCGGGGCUAUGCAUUCAUCGAGUAUGAGCAUGAGCGAGACAUGCACUCUGCCUACAAGCAUGCAGACGGGAAGAAGAUUGAUGGCAGGAGGGUGUUGGUGGAUGUGGAACGAGGAAGAACUGUCAAAGGAUGGCACCCCAGAAGGCUAGGAGGUGGAUUGGGUGGCACUAGAAGAGGCGGAGCUGAUGUCAACAUCAAGCACUCUGGCCGAGAUGACGCCUCCCGUUAUGAUGAUCGCUCACUUGGGGGUGAUCGGGAUCGUGUUGACCGUAGAGAACGUAGCCGGGAACGUGACAGGGACAAGGACAGAGACCGCCGGAGGUCCAGAUCCCGUGAACGACGCCGACGCACCAGAUCCCGGGAACGUGAGAGAGAGCGAGACAGGCAAGUUGUGGGAGCGGAGGAUGGCGGCGGUGGCGGCCGACGCCGAGAGCGGGAGAGGGAUCGCACAGGGGCUGCAGGGGGAGACAGCAGGAGUAGGGAGAGGAGCCGAGACCGAGACAGGAAGAGAAGGAGCAGGAGCCGGGAUCGCAAGAGAGACCGGGAAAGAGGCAAGGGGUUAGAUGGAGAGGAGGGCAGUCUGGGAGACGGUGUCCCUGAGGGUGGGGAGCGUACCCUGGAGGAACACGAAGGAGAAGUGGGUGAAGGCACAGAAGAGCGUAGAGACAGGGACAGAGAAAGGGACAGGGACCGCAGGCGCAGCCACAGGGACAGAGACCGACGCAGAGGAGACAGAGACCGAGACAGGGAGCACAAGAGGGAGCGAGGGGACCGAGAUAGGGGGGAGCGCAGAGAGGAGCGCCACGGCUCCAUGAGAGACGACAUGGGUCCCCAGGAUGACACAGGAAAUGAGGAUGAGGGAGGAGCUCCACCCCACAUGGAGGAGUACAGUCAGGACGGGAUAAUGAUGGACCAGCAAUCAGUGCCAUCUGCUGAAGGCUAUGCUUCUGGUGAGAAUGGGUACAAGAUGGAGGCAGCAGGAGAGGAGUACUGAAACUUAGGAAAAGAGGUUGCAUCGUGGUUCUAAUCGGCUGUAAUCAUUUUACGUGGUCUUCAAUUUUCUGCCAAGGUUCACAAAAUCGACCUGCUUUCAGGGCUUCCACUGUCCCAAACUGUUUGCUAGCUUUCUGUCUGUAAAAUAUUUCACUAUUGUUUCAUUAUUUGAUUCAGUGGCAGCUUUUCUGCUUUGCCCAGCUGAACAUUAGUGUUUCAGGCUAGAUUUUUACCCCCUCAUCAUGGUCCUGGAUCCUCCCAUGAACUAAAAACACAAGCUCUCUUUGUUUUGGGAUUGUUUUUAUUAUGUAGUCAAAAAAAAAAAAAAACUGUUUGAUUUUUCUACUUGUUUCGACUCGGGUUACCAAUUAUUGCUUAAUGUAUGUAAAAUUGAAGGAAAUGUAGAGUUGUGACAAUUUGGGUUGGUUUUUGUUUAUUCAUUCUGGAAUAAAUUAUUAACCUGUCUGUUAAUUUUCAGUGGUCAUCUUGAUGUGUUUUGUGUAUUUUUUUAUGCAGCAUACUACACACCAUGUAACUUGACCACUGGCCUUUUUCUGUCUUCAUACUUUACAAUAAAAGUGUAAUGAACUGUUAUUUCACAAGA